UUGCUAGGGACUUUCAUUUCUGUGGCGCAGAGAAACGCUUCGAAGUUUUACGUAUGUUGCGCUCGGAAAUUUAGAACCGGCAGUCAUUUCCGACUCGAGCUUUAUUACGGGAUCUAUAGAAAGUGAAAUCGAACGAUUGAUAGGAGAUAUCGAGAUUGUGUGAACUAUACUUUUGGUGUUAAAUGGAGUGACUAAGCGGUACUGUCUACAUAUAUACUAAUAUAAAACUUCUUUUGGACUAGUUUCAAUAUCGACACGGUUUUUUAAAUAAAACUGUGAUUUGAUUAUUGACGCAAUAAGUCGAUAUUUCUCUGAUCGAUAAUUCACAAUCUUGGCUAUGACAAGACGUGAUUUGACGCGGGGAAUGAAUUGAUAUGUUCGAAGGAUUGUAUUCCUAAUUGUGAAGUGGGUUGAAAUACUUUAGUGUAUUGAAAUGUGAAUUUUGUGCCAAUAACGUUAUAAUCGUUUUUCGUGUAAAAACUUUUCUAAUGAAUUAUCACGUGUGACUUAUAUUCUUUAAUUGGUUUACUUGAAUUCUACAACCAUGGAGACAGAGGAACUUACGAAACUUGUUGACGGCAUUUACAAGAAUAUCUUGGACAAGUUCAAUCCUGGAGCUCGUCAGAUGAUAACAGCUGGUAAAGCUUACUUAAAGGCUUUACACGGUGCCGCUGCUGCGUCUCGUAUGUACGUUGAUGCUGUGGGGAAACUCGGAAGACAGGCUCAGCAGGGAACUUGGGGAGGAUGCGCCGAUAUCGGUACAGCUCUUAUGAAGGUUGUGGAAGUCUAUCGAGAAAUACAAGAUCAACAAAUGAACAUUUUAAAAGCCUUUUACGUAGACUUGCUGGUCCCUCUAGAGACUAAUCUGGAAAAAGAUACGAAAGUCGUACAGUCUGAGCAAAAAAGAUUUUUGCAACAACAUAAACUACGCUCUGAGAGUUACAGCAAGGCCGCUGCAACCAUCAAAAAACAAAGAAAGAAAAAAACGAAUGUUACCAAAGUUGGUACAGCCAUGGACAAAGAAAUGAAGAGUAUGCAAAUAUUGGAAGAAGAAAAAACAAAACUAGACGCUUUUUGCGAACAAAGUUUAAAAAAUGCAAUGACUCAAGAACGCAGGCGAUACGGGUUUGUAUUAGAGCGCCAGUGUUCUCUCGCUAAACAUUGGCUUGCAUACCAUACAGCCGGUGCAACAGCUUAUAACACUGGCCUAGAUGAAUGGCUAGAAGUAUCGAGGACUAGAGAAUUCCUGCCGUCCAAUGUUGAAGCCAUGUUUGUGAGCAGAAUGAGGCAAGUAUCUUUCUGGGCUGAUGAAGAUGUAUACGCCAGUCCACGUAAUGGCGAUGACGAUGAUGGUGCUUCCGUUGGUUCCGCCUUACGCAAAACAAGAUCUGUAGAUGCUUCUUGUCUAGACGUUAGAUCUAUUGCAGAUCUGGGAUCACCCACCCAUGGAAUAUCUAGAGCCAAAUCUGAUUUAAAUCUACAAGCAAGUCUGCAUACUAUGGAACAAGAUAUAGAAACACGAAAUAAAACACGUCCCUCUUCUCUUGCGCCACCAACAUGCACAUCACGAGAUCCUCCUUUAGCCCGUGCCCUUUAUGCUUAUUCUGCUGCUGGUGACAACCAACUAAGUUUUCAACAAGGAGAUAUAUUAGCUUUGCUAGGAGAUCGAACUAAAGGUUGGCAAUAUGGUGAAAAUUUGCGAACUCAUGGCGCGGGCUGGUUUCCAUUAGCUUAUACAGAACCCAUGAUUAAUGAGGAAACUGGGGGGAGUUCUCCCGCUCGUUGGAGCAGUGCACAGACACCCAGUGAGACGCCACCACCUGCUCCCAUAUCGCACACCCAAAUGUCAUCAGCAACUCCUACCCCUCAUUCACAUAAUCAUCCACCAGCACGCAUGUUUGGAGACACUGUUACGGCUCAUCAUGUAGCAAAGGGUCGACUGGCAAACAGCUCUCCUGGUUUACCACCGACGCUGCCGGCACCUUCACCAAGUGCUCUAAGCACUUCAGCAAGUGCUACAUUCCAUCCAACUCCGCUAGCAGCAGUAGCAUCAAGCGCUAUAAAAAACUCUACUUCGGCGGCUAGUUUUACUACUCAUGCGGUUAUAGAAACUAGAAGUUUUGGGCCACAAACAUUACCAAUGCGUUCUCAGAUUGCCCAAAAAGUAGCUCCGGCUAAAACUGUUGUGUCGGCAGUAGGUGCAGUGGGUAAUGUAUCCCUGCAUAGUUCCAACGAUUCCGGGUUUUCCAAUGAACCACCCCCACAACCUGAUGUUGACUACAGCGACGAAGAGGCACAACGACUUCGCGUUCCUAUCAGUAAAUCCGCACAGCUUAACAAUGAACAUAAAGCUUAUCUGUUAAAAACACAAAGUUUAAAGAGAGGUCCAGGUCCUAAGACCACAAAUAAUGGAUAUUUGACUGACGAUCAACAAUUACUACUGCGUAAUAUGUUGGAUAUGGAUAAAGAUUCUCAAAAAAUUAAAAGAACAAAAUCCUUUUGGAAAUUUGGGCGCACCACUUCCGAAGAGAUAAUGGAGGGUAUGUGUCUUUGGCAGCAUCGUGAUAUAGUAGAUACUGUGCCCGAAUAUAAAAAGAAACUAUUUGUAAAAUUAAAAAAGGAGUUGCGACCAGCACCUGAAAUACCUGAAACAAAUAAAAGUAAACAUAAUAUUCAGCCAGACAAACCCUCAUCUUUAAAAGAUGGUAGCUCUUCCAGACCUCAAGAAACAAUAGAUAGAAAAGAUAUAAAAGUUAACAAUGGUAUGCGACAGGCAAGAAGUUUAGGUUCUAUUCAACAUGAAGAACAUACUGAAAGAGAAAAAAAGCAAAAUCAAAUGAUAAACAAGAAAAGUUUCUCAGAAAAGUCUAUUGUUGAAGAAAAACAAGAUGACUUCGUACAUCGUAACGAAUCCCGGCACUCUGAUUUUACAAACACAAGUACUAUAAAAACCAACUUUGAAAAUAGUUUUUACAAUGAUGAAAAUGGAGAUGGCUAUGUUAUGAAAACUGUGAAACGUAGGGAAAUACUUCAAAGAUAUGAUAACGAGAGCAAUUCGGAUAAUAAUUCUGUAGCAUCUAGUACAGAUCCGUACGAUUGUAUCAUUGUUGAUGAUCAUAUGACUUCUAAGAAACAACAAGAACUGGAUAGACGUCGUCAAGCACAAAUUAUGGAAAACGAUAUUAAAACGAAUGAAGAGAAUGCUUAUAUGCCCGAGUUUGAAGAAAUCGAGGUAACACCUAUAAAGCCCCAUGUUCGUACAACUUUACUAAAUGACAAAGCUAAAAAACCAUCACGUGAAAGAUCUCCACCGAAAGUAAUGGAAUUCAAAACGUUUAAGGACUCGUCAAAAGAAAUUAAAACCUUUUCUGCUUCUUCUGAAACUUUAAAAUAUAAGGAUAACGAACAGCCAACAGAUCGUUAUGGCAAUCCAUUGGAGCGAAAUAACAAUGAGAGUCGAAAAGAAGAGAUAUAUAACGACGAUAAUGGUACUUUGAAAUAUAAAAAACGAUCUAAUGAAGAAAAAUCCAGAAAACAUAACUUUGAAAAUGGUAAUACUAGAGAUUAUCCACAAACAGAGACGAGACAUCAAAAGAAAGACGCUCGUUUGUUUGAAAAUACGGAACCAAGGAUUGAUUAUUCUUUGGAUCGACGUCAGUCAAAAAAAGAAUUUAUUGAGUCAAAAAAUCGUGAUAAUAAAGCAAGAAAUAGAGUAAACAGGAGUUAUGAUGAUAGUUCAUUACAGUAUAAUGGUCGAAAAGAAGAAAGAUACUAUGAGUCAAAUAUUUCGUACUUCAGUGACCAAGAAAGAAGAUCUUCUCGAUAUGAUUAUGAAACUGAUUCUAAAAAAGCAGAAAAGUCAAAAAUGCGCCAAGAGGAAGCGAGAUUGGAAGCGAGGCGUAUAAAUGAACGUAGGACUGAUGUACCUUACAGCGAAUCGGAUGAUCAGAAAUUUAACGAAGCUUUAAAACAACAGCGACCUCAACUUUUGCCAAGAACGAAGCUUCUUAAACGAACCGCAGAUGGUAACGAGUUGCCAGAAGACGGUCAUACAUUUGGACCAUGGUACGAUUUAUGGGGGCGAGAAACUGCUAUGUACAAAUAAGUGAAGGUUUAGCUUAUUAAGAGUUUCAUACCAGUGUUUACAUGUGAGUAUUUAGGAGAGAAGUAGUAAGAAGUAAAAUAAUGUCUAACCAUUAAUCGUAGUGUAAAAUUAUUAUAUUGUUUUUUUUUUGAAUUCGUAUUAGUAUCAUAGCACUGUUUUUUUUUUUUUUAAGGCAAUAUAUAUUUUUUUACAUAAAAGUGUUAGAUGAUUGUGUUUUUUUGUAUAUUUUGUUAUUAUUUUUAGGAUAAGAUACUAAAUAUAGAAAUUUUCUAUUGAGCUACAUACUCAUUGUAAAAAUUAUCUUUUCUAGAAUUAAAAUAACGUGAAUUGGUCAUUUAUACUUGCACUUAUUAAUUUAAAAAAAAAUAAAUAAAUGUUAAUACCGUUUAAAAAUAUUAUCAAAUAAUUUAAUAAAAGAUAUAUGAAGCUAACUGUUAUAAUACUUUUUAAAUUAAGAAAAACAAAUAUCGAUUGUCAAAAAUUAUAUAACCUAUUUGUACCCAGGCCGCAGCAAUUUGCAACAGUGAAACUAAGAAAGGCUUUAACAAACGAUCGUUCGUCGCCCGCCAUUGAAUAAAAUUCUAUAUGGUUUUUAUAUUUUUUGUUAAAUAUACAUAUAUUAUUAUGUAAAUUAGAAGCAUCGUGUAUUUUGUACAGUUAAAUAUUUAUACUUUAAGAAAGAAUAUAUCACAUUUUUAUAAUAAUAAAA